AUGUGGGGGGACGUUUUCUACGCGUGCGCAGCUCUGGCGGCCAGCAGGGCGGGGCCCUGGGAUUUCUGCCUCAGCCUCCCAAGUGCUGGAAUUACAGGAAACUUCGAGGGAAAGCUUGAGGCACUGGACCUUGCAGAAUUGGCUAAAAAGCAGCCAUGGUGGCGCAAGCUGUUUGGGCAAGAAUCUGGACCCUCUGCUGAAAAGUAUAGCGUGGCAACCCAGCUGUUAAUUGGAGGUGUCACAGGAUGGUGCACUGGUUUCAUAUUUCAGAAGGUUGGAAAGUUGGCUGCAACAGCUGUUGGAGGUGGAUUUUUUCUCCUUCAGCUUGCAAACCACACUGGAUACAUUAAAGUCGACUGGCAGCGAGUGGAGACAGACAUGAAAAAAGCCAAAGAGCAGCUGAAGAUUCGUAAGAGCAACCAGAUAACACCCGAGGUCAAGAGCAAAGCGGAGGAGGUUGUGUCAUUUGUGAAGAAGAAUGUUGUAGUGACUGGAGGAUUUUUUGGAGGCUUUCUGCUCGGCAUGGCAUCCUAAGGAGGACAAUUAUACUUCCAUUUUCUGUUUUUCUCCAGCCAGCAGCCAGCCACUACACUCCAUCAUAGGGCAUCAAGUGUCUCCUCUUCCUCCUCUCCUGUGCCUUCUUCCCCGUUACGACAGAUCUGAAUGGCUUCUCUAGGCAUCUGCUGGUACAAGUUAAUACCGGCCCUACUAUGAGCUCGAAAAUAACAGAAGAGACAGUAGACAUUAGCACUCUUCCCAGUACGCUCCCCACUUGGCCAAAUCUAGGUCAGCAAGAAUGUUCCUUUUUUCCCCCUAUGUGAGAUGCUUAUCAGAACACACUGCAAGAUGGUUCACCAUGGAGGAUGCGAGGAUCCUCAAAGCACAUAGUUAUCCUAUUAUGUGCUUCACAAAAAGGACCUGAAUACAUUUGCUUUUAAGCAUGAACAAUUUUGAUAUCUUGGUGUGUACUUCCUUUUUUAGUUGGUUUUAAAUUACAGGAAGAGAGCUAUUUAUACCAGCUAUAAUUAUCUUGACAAAAUGGCAGCCUAAGAACUAUAACAGAGAAAAUCAAUAUGAAAUGAAUUUAGACUGAAGGCAUAUGCUGUGUUGAAGAUACUGUAUUUGAUAGGAAAGUCUUUAGGGAAACCAACUGUUAGAAAUCCGUUGUUAGAUGGUUAGAUGACUGUUAAUUUAGGAAUGUUAUCUAUCAUACUGGAUGACACAUGCCAUGGCUACUGAAAGGGUUUAUUUAUAGUAAAACAAGUAUUUAGGUGGGAGAAGAAAGAAGCUCUUGAACUAUUUCAUAGAAAAGGUUUUAUGUGGCUGAGUGUGGUGGCAUAUGCCUGUAAUCCCAGUCACUUGAGAUUCUGAUUUAUUGAUUUAGGAGGGUAGCAAGUUCAAAGUCAGCCUGGGCAAUUCAGAGACUGUGUGUCAAAAUAAAAGUUAAAGGGUUGGGGGUGGAGCUCCGUGUUAGAACACCUGUCUGGGAAUUUGUGAGGUUCAGUCCCCAGCCCUGAAAAAAAAA